AUGAGCGCCUCCCGGUUCGAUCCAAACUUUACGCAAAAUGUCAUCAAUGCCAUGGGUCCGAAGACAUCGCCCAGAAUGCGGGAAGUCAUGACGAGCCUUAUCACCCACUUGCAUGACUUUGCGCGGGAAGUUGAGCUGACGGUCGAUGAAUGGACUGAAGGAGUGCAACUUUUAAACUGGGCCGGUCAAAUGAGCAAUGAAAAACGGAAUGAAGGCCAACUAGUGUGUGAUGUCGUGGGCCUAGAAUCACUUGUAGACGAGAUCACGUACAAGAAGGCAUCCGAAGCUGCCAACCUUGCCACGCAAAGUGCGAUUCUCGGACCUUUUUUUCGACACGAUCAUCCAGUUCGAGAGAAAGGAGAGUCUAUCUCGUUCAAUACACCCUCAGACGGUGUCCCCGUCUAUAUGUAUGGCCAAGUGUUAGAUUCAGUAACGAAAAUGCCUUUGGCAAACGCCACUAUUGAUGUCUGGGAAGCAUCUACGAACGGGCUAUACGAACAGCAAGACAAAGACCAGGUUGACUGCAACCUAAGAGGCAAAUUUGUCACCGACAAGAAUGGAGAAUAUGCCUUCUACUGCCUCCGUCCGACGCCUUAUCCGAUUCCCUAUGAUGGUCCUGCUGGGAAAUUGCUACAGCUGCUUGAUAGACAUCCUUACCGACCAGCACAUAUCCAUCUGAUUGUGUUGAUUGAAGGCUACAGGCCUAUCACGACGCAGAUCUUUGACAAGGACAGCAACUACCUUGAUGAUGACUCGGUAUUUGCCGUCAAGGACUCUCUUGUAGUGGAAUUUGUGCCUCGCAAGGGUGACCCUCAAGCCAAGUUGGAGCUGAGAUAUGAUAUUCUUAUGGCUCCAAUUGAUAAAAGCGAGUGA